CUCCCUCUCCCAUCAGCACUGACCCCACCUUCCAUGCAUCCAUUAACAGCCGUACAGCAUGCUGCUGUCCCGUCACUUCAUGGUCAUUUUCUUGCCUACUGACGUGGUCACCCACGCAGCGUCCGGCAUGCAACUCUAUGUAGUGCUUACCACCGACAGCUCGAGAACACGUCUCCUUCGCUCUUCAUAGCUGCCAAGCAAAACUAGCCCCAAGCCUCAGCGCCCACCAGCCCCUUUAGCCUUCCCGAGAUGCGUGGCCGACUGUGGCUGUCUGAGCUGCCCUGUCGCAGACUUGUCCAGAGAGCUGAGUAAACUGCAGCUGUCAGGGAGGUGAGCCGACGGUUGCGGGCUCACCUUACCCAGAUGUAUCCCGCAGUCCCAGCUGCCAGGGGUGUGCACACCCCAGCCUGGUGCUCAGGCCUGGCCGUGUCAGGGUGGCAGGGCAGCCUCAGUGCUAGUGGGGGGCCUUCCCAGUGGGAGCCAGGCCACACCCACCUGUCAGUCAGUCACAGACCACACCUACCUGUCAGUCACAGACCACACCCACCUGUCACAGGGGAUGGUGCUUCUUCCUCUGCCACUCUUGCUUCUGCAAGAACAGAAAACAAAGAGCCCGCUAGAUGGCAGGAAUGUAGUUUUCGGUGAUGGGACACAAGUUCUUGAUGUCUGUCACAGGACUUGACUUUAGGGUGACCCCCUGCAAGGCUGGGAGUAAGGUCAAAGUCCUACCUUUUGUAGGGGCUUCCGUGUCUGCAUUUCCGACCGGCAGGCCCCAGCUUCUUAGGGCCUGCCUCCCAGGGAGGUAGUGCAUCACCUUAGCUCUAGCUAUUGUGUUGAAGCUGGUGAGAAGGGAUAAAUGAAUUCAUGGCAGUUACACUCUUCCGACCGUGCUGUGAUGCAAAUAUGCAUGUUAAAUAUCUCGUGAGACACUCAGAAAUCGGAAACCGGUUUUGUAAGCGGUCUCUGGGUGUUUUAAUGCACAUUCCAUCAGUGACAGACUGGGGACUUCCCAACACAGUAGUAGUGCAAUUGACAAGUGAAUACUGCUUCAUUAAAACAAAUGCAGUUAUAGCUAGAAAUCUGUGACGGGCGAAGUAGACCUCUCUACUUCAAAGACCUACAAAGAUUAGGAACACUUGUCUCCGUUUUGGCUGGGUUAGAUGUCCUCCGCCGUGGGCAGUGGCCCCCAGUGGAGGCACUGAGCCUGCAGGUGGGCUGUUGGCAGGAAGUCGCUCCAGAGCCACCAGUGCCCUGUGACGGGGGUGACCUCUGCUUUAACAAAGCGUGCGGCUUGAGUGGUUUUCAGAAGCUGCUGGCCGCUGCUUUGACUGGAGCGGGGUUGGGAGACUCCUGCUGGCAUGUAGGUGACCUGAGGUAGAGUUCCUAAAAGCCAACUGGAAUAGCCUUUUAAGAAAGGGGCUGUGUGGGAGGCGGGGAGGCUGACACCUGUGGAGGGGUGAGCAGUUGGUGUUCCUGCAGCAGCGAGCCCCAAGUUGGGCUCUCCCAGCCGGCCUCGCUUCCCCUCUGUCUAGCUGCACUUCCGGAGCCAGCCCACCUGCCUCGGAGCUGUGCCAGUGCACACGGGGCUCACGCUGGUCGCUGUUUUGCCGUGCCGCUGGCCAGGGCACCUGUCUCCUGUGGCUCUUUGAAGACUCUCUCUGUCUCUUUCUGCGUCCCUCCAGGAACAGGGUUGGGAAGGAAGCAGAGCCCGGGUUUAUGUUUUAAUGUGUACUGAAGGGUCAGCACAUGACAGGAUCGCUGCAAUUCUCUCAAUGGUGUUUUAGGGAGAACCAGUGGAGUGGAGGUGCGACAGGACAAUGUGGGGCAGAGCGGAAUGGCGCAGGAUCCCAAGCGACCCCGGCCCAGAGAGGACGCAGCACAGGAUGGUGUGGACAGAGGGGUGCUGCAGCCCGGUGGCAGUGUGGAGGACCAGAGAACCUCGGGGGACAGUGCCCCAUUCCCAGGGUCGUUAGGAAAUGCCAGAGAUGAGGAACAGGUAGAAAACCACAUUCCAGAUAACACUUCUUUCCCCGAACGUCCAGAGCCAGCCGAGAGGAGGGAGGCCACGACCUUGUCAGCCUUGGGGUCUGGAGCGUCCCUGGAGGAGCCUGGAGCGUCCCCGGAGGAGCCCGGAGCGUCCCCAGAGGAGCCCGGAGCGUCCCUGGGGGAGCCCGGAGCGUCCCUGGAGGAGCCUGGAGCAUCCCCGGAGGAGCCUGGAGCGUCCCCGGAGGAGCCCGGAGCAUCCCCGGAGGAGCCUGGAGCGUCCCUGGAGGAGCCUGGAGCGUCCCUGGAGGAGCCCGGAGCGUCCCUGGAGGAGCCCGGAGCGUCCCCGGAGGAGCCUGGAGCGUCCCCGGAGGAGCCCGGAGCGUCCCUGGAGGAGCCUGGAGCGUCCCCGGAGGAGCCUGGAGCGUCCCCGGAGGAGCCCGGAGCGUCCUCAGAGGAGCCCAGCUGGGCAGGGGCUUCAGAGAAUCAAGUCCCAGGUGCUGGGAAUAGGCCAGACAUCAAAAACCACAGUGCAGAUUCUACAGGCAUGCAGGAGGAAGAGAAACUAGAGGAUCUGAAAAACAGCUCUGGUGGAGCUGACCCCAACCUGUGUCCAGAGCCCAUUGCCAUGGAGACGUCUGGAGGUGACAGGACAAGCAGGCUGGACCCCAUGGAGCAGAGCAGAGACCACACUGGGGCCAUGGAGGAGGCAGGGGCCUCUCAUGCUGGGCACAGGGGCACAGAGGCCACAGGCUCCUCCAGGGAUAGCGAAGAUAUGGCCAGUCAUGAUGGCAGCCCUGAGGCACCGGCCCCCAGCACAGGGCAGGGUCCAGGGAAAGAGCCUGCCACCCAGGAAGGCCCCGUGGAGGGCAGAGGCGUCAGCAGGGAGAACAGUGCCGAGGAGGACGGAGAGGCAGAAGUGGAGGCUGAGAGGGUCCAGGGUGUCGCUGCCUCUCCAGCAGCUGGGGACAGCCACCGGCAAGCGCAGCAAGCGACAGGUGCCGAGAGCAGCGCAGUGACCACGAAGGAGCCCGAGGACAAGAACGAGCAGCAGGGAGAAGCCAUGGAGCCUUCGCAGAAGAAGGUCAAGAACAAGAAGAAGAAGAACAAGAAGAAGAAGGCAGCGACUGCUGCAGAAUCCCAGGCAGACACUAGGAAGGAGCUAGCCUGCGAGGAAGCGGAGCCCGGUCAAGCUGGGGACGAGCAGGCCGGACCUGCUGACCCAGACCAAGCCGAGGAAGUGCAGAAGGAGCCGCUGGGAGACCCAGAGCAGGAGACCACAGCGGGAAGCAGCGAAAAUCCCGAGUGUCCAGGAACUCCCGAAAGUACGCCGGAUGGAAAGCUUCACCAAGAAGAUGGUGACACAGAAGCCACAGCAGGGAGCAUCACAGCUGAGGGAGACACGCGUGGUCUCUCCAGUGACACAGCGCAAGCCCCGGGCUCUAGAGCUAGUGACGAAGAACUCAACGGAAAUGCCAUGAAAGCCGACACUGAAAAGGAUGGGGCUGGCAGCACCCUGCUGGAAGACGCGAGUCCCUUGGAGGAGCUCCGCGACACCUCCCACACAGCAGGUGCAGACACGCCAGCGAUGUGUGAUCAGCCGAGUCAGACGGCCGGGAAGGCUGCAGGUGGCCACGGCAGUGUGGAAGACGGCAACUUGUCCGCCCCAGAAGGAGAGGAGGGGAACAGCAGAGUGGGUGCGAAGGGGGUCAGUGAGAAGGGCCGCGCCAAGGAGGACUGCACUCUGUCGUGAGCUGAGAGGCUGGCAGAGGCAGGCAUGCCCUGGAGGCUGGGCCUGGUCCCUCCGAUGGCAGAACCCCUUGCCUGACCAUCAGCACCUGACUCCCCAUUGUUGCGGGGAGCUCCUGUCACCCAGGUCAGAAAGGCAGCAGUACGGCACUCGGCAUCGCGCUCGGACAGAGAACAUUCCAGCAGCAGUGUGUUCCGCGCAUCCUCCAGCUUAGAUGGGAAGAUCGCCUUAUGCUGAGAGUGUGGAAGUUCUUGACCAAAUAUAUUAAAAUGGCCAAACGACAUUCCUGGGUAUCACGGGUAUUUAAAAAGGUCUCAGUGGAACGUGUGUGCGUUCAUCUUAACUUCAGUGUGUGUGUUGUUUUCUGUAAAGGUGAGAAGGCCGCGUGUCCUUAGGCCGUGCGCCUCAGAGCAGCAGUGAACCGUUCUGGGGCGGCGCGUGCCCAGACGCACCUGGGGGGCGGCGCUGGCCUCUCCCCCUCCCACGGUCACGGCUCACCCUGCGCUUGCGUACCUGCCCGCAUUUGAUGGUACGAUGCUUUUGCCUUCACUUUAUGAUGCUGGACCAAAUCUAUUUUAUACACAGAAUCUUUUAAGUUUUGUGUGGAAACGACAUGUCUCGAACUUGCAUUUGUGACUGUGGUGUGGAGAUGGGCUAAGUUGCUUAAAGCUGUGCUGUACCUUUGAAGCCACGUCUGCUGUCCGAGAGGCCGGGCACAGCGUAUCGGCCCCACGCAGUCUGCCCAUGAGUCCAUUGUAGGACAUUGGAAAAAGUUGAAUCACUUCUGGUAUUUUGGCAUAGAUAUUUUUAUUUGUUGCUUCUCAGUGUAUUCUUAUUGCAAAACUAUUGUUUUGAACUGCCUACAGGAAAUACAUAUAUUUUCUAUAUAAAGAAACAUUUAAAAAUAAUUGUAAAGGUAAAUUUUAAAAAAAUCAUUGUAAAAUAUAAAGCCACCGUGGAACGUG